GGCUGGGCUGGCGGCGGCGGCGGGAGCCGGAUGAUCCGCGGAGGGGCGCCUCGGCCAUGACUGCAGAGCUGCAGCAGGAGGACGUGGCUGGAGCAGCCGACCGACACGGCUCGACCUGCCAAAUGCUGUUAAACCAACUAAGAGAAAUCACAGGCAUUCAGGACCCUUCCUUUCUUCAUGAAGCUCUGAAGGCCAGUAAUGGUGACAUCACCCAGGCAGUCAGCCUUCUCACCGAGGAAAGAGUUAAAGAGCCCAGUCAAGACACUGUUGCUACAGAACCAUCUGAAGUAGAGGGCAGCGCUGCCAACAAAGAAGUUUUAGCAAAAGUGAUAGACCUUACCCAUGAUAACAAAGAUGAUCUUCAAGCUGCCAUUGCUUUGAGCCUACUGGAAUCCCCCAAAAUUCAAGCUGAUGGGAGAGAUCUGAACAGGAUGCACGAGGCAGCCUCUGCAGAAACGAAACGCUCCAAGAGAAAACGCUGUGAAGUCUGGGGAGAAAAUCCCAAUCCUAACGACUGGAGGAGAGUCGAUGGGUGGCCCGUUGGGCUGAAGAAUGUUAGCAAUACAUGUUGGUUUAGUGCUGUUAUUCAGUCUCUCUUUCAACUGCCUGAAUUUCGAAGACUUGUCCUCAGCUAUAGUCUACCGCAGAAUGUGCUUGAAAACUGUCUGAGUCACACGGAAAAGAGAAAUAUUGUGUUUAUGCAAGAGCUUCAGUAUUUGUUUGCUCUGAUGAUGGGAUCAAAUCGCAAAUUUGUAGACCCUUCAGCAGCCCUGGAUCUCUUAAAGGGAGCAUUCCGAUCACCUAAGGAACAGCAGCAAGAUGUGAGUGAAUUCACACACAAGCUCCUGGAUUGGCUAGAGGAUGCAUUCCAGCUAGCUGUGAGUGUGAACAAUCCCAGGAACAAAUCUGAAAAUCCAGUGGUGCAGCUUUUCUACGGUACUUUCCUCACUGAAGGGGUUCGUGAAGGAAAGCCCUUUUGCAACAAUGAGACCUUCGGCCAGUAUCCCCUUCAGCAUUGGUUUACAAAGCUACCUCCAGUGUUGACCUUUGAACUCUCAAGAUUCGAGUUCAAUCAGUCCUCUGGUCAGCCAGAGAAAAUUCACAAUAAGCUGGAAUUUCCUCAGAUCAUUUAUAUGGACAGGUACAUGUACAAGAGCAAAGAGCUUAUUCGAAGUAAGAGAGAGUGUAUUCGAAAGUUGAAGGAGGAAAUAAAAGUUCUGCAGCAAAAACUGGAAAGGUACGUGAAGUACGGCUCAGGCCCAGCUCGGUUUCCACUCCCGGACAUGCUGAAAUACGUUAUCGAAUUUGCCAGUACAAAACCUGUCCCAGAAAGGGCCACGUCUCAAAGCGAUGCGCACAUGACGUUACCGCUUUCUUCAGCACACUGCCCAGUUUCUGACCCGGCAUCCAAGGAAAGUACAAGUAAAGAAAGCUCUUCUCAGGAUGUUGAAUGUACCUUUUCUUCUGAAGAUUCUCUACCCAAAUCUAAGGCAAUGAAUAAGCCACUUGCAUCUUCCCGGUCUUCAAUGGAAAUGCCUGCACAGCCAGCUCCUCGAACCGUCACAGACGAGGAGAUAAACUUUGUUAAGAUCUGUCUUCAGAGGUGGAGGAGUGAGAUCGAACAAGAUAUACAAGAUUUAAAGAAUUGUAUUGCAAGCACCACCCAGACUAUUGAGCAGAUGUAUUGUGACCCUCUCCUUCGUCAGGUGCCUUAUCACUUGCAUGCUGUUCUUGUUCAUGAAGGGCAAGCAAACGCUGGACACUACUGGGCCUAUAUCUAUAAUCAACCCCGACAAGUCUGGCUCAAGUACAAUGACAUCUCUGUUACUGAAUCUUCCUGGGAAGAACUUGAAAGAGAUUCUUACGGGGGCCUGAGAAAUGUUAGUGCUUACUGUCUGAUGUACAUUAACGACCAGCUACCGCACUUCAAUGCAGAGGUAGCCCCAAGCGAAUCAGAUCAGAUGUUAGGAGAAGUGGAUGCCCUGUCUGUUGAACUGAAGCAUUACAUUCAGGAAGAUAACUGGACGUUUGAGCAGGAAGUCGAGGAGUGGGAAGAAGAGCAGUCUUGCAAAAUCCCUCAAAUGGAAUCCUCCACGAGCUCAGCAUCCCAGGAUUUCUCUCCAUCCCCAGAGCCUUCAGCAACCGCCUCGCACGGGGUCCGCUGCUUGGCGUCGGAGCACGCUGUGAUUGUCAAGGAGCAGACGGCGCAGGCCAUCGCGAACAGCGCGCACGCCUACGAGAGGAGCGGCGUGGAGGCGGCGCUGAGCGAGCUUAAAGAAGCUGAACCCCGGAAGCCCAUGCCCCCGGAAACAAACCUUGCAGAGCAUUCAGAGCAGGCCCCGAAGGCGAAGGACGCAGAGUCUGCCGCCCCGCCUAAUUCUGAGGCCUCUGAAGUCGAGAUUCCCAGUGUGGGAAGGAUUCUGGUUAGAUCUGAUGCAGAUGGAUAUGAUGAGGAGGUGAUGCUGAGCCCCGCCAUGCAAGGGGUCAUCCUGGCCAUAGCUAAAGCCCGCCAGACCUUUGACCGAGAUGGGUCUGAAGCAGGGCUGAUUAAGGUAUCUCUUUUUAAAAAUCUAAUCCUUAUACCACAGGUAAUAUAGUAAUGGGGACAUAAUUUUAUUA